CCGCUCCACGUUUUCCACGUGACUGCGACGUCACAUUUGUAUGCGGAAGUAUACAUCAGUGAAAAACAGUAAAGUACACCCAGUACCUAUUUUUAAACAGAAGGAAAACAUCGGUUAUCUUUUCAAUAUGCUGAAGGCGGUUAUUUUAAUUGGGGGUCCUCAAAAAGGAACGAGGUUUAGGCCGCUGUCAUUUGAAGUUCCCAAACCAUUGUUCCCAGUAGCCGGUGUGCCGAUGCUGCAGCAUCAUAUUGAAUCAUGUGCCAAGGUGCCAAAUAUGAAGGAGAUCCUGCUCAUCGGUUUUUACCAGCCAAAUGAAGAACUGACCAGAUUCCUUUUUAAUGCUCAACAGGAAUUUAAAAUUUCUAUCAGGUAUUUGCAAGAAUACGCAGCCCUGGGCACCGGAGGGGGCAUCUAUCACUUCCGAGAUCAGAUCAUCUCUGGUGGUCCCGAGGCGUUCUUUGUCCUUAAUGCUGAUGUGUGCUCGGCAUUUCCCCUGGCAGAGAUGCUCAGCUUCCAGAAAGAACACGGAGAACCAAAUAGCUUUGUUAUUCUUGGAACAACUGCAAACAGAAAACAAUCUCUGAAUUAUGGCUGUAUUGUUGAAAAUGAAGAAACAAACGAGGUGUUGCAUUACGUGGAAAAGCCGAGCACGUUUGUGAGUGACAUCAUCAACUGUGGUAUCUACCUCUUCAACCCUGACAUCUUCCAGCAUAUCGGCACAGUUUUCCAGAAGAAUCAACAGGAAAUGCUGCUUUAUCCAUAUGAUGGAGAGGAGACAACCAACGGUUGGCACAGAGCCGAAGCCAUCAGGCUGGAGCAGGACAUUUUCACUGCCCUGGCUGGACAGGGGAAGCUAUAUGUUUUUAAGACAUUGCAUUUCUGGAGCCAGAUCAAAUCUGCUGGGUCUGCAAUUUAUGCAAGUCGGUUGUACUUGAACCAGUAUCACAAAACUCAUCCUGAAAGGCUAGCCACGAACAAAGAGGGAGGCCCUAAAAUAAGCGGUAAUGUCUAUAUCCAUCCUACCGCCAACAUCGACCCUACAGCUGUGUUGGGUCCUAAUGUCUCUAUUGGCACUGGGGUUACUAUUGGUGCUGGGGUUCGAGUCCGUGAAUCUAUCAUCCUCCAUGGUGCAACUUUACAGGACCAUUGCUGUGUUUUGAACAGCAUCGUAGGUUGGGAUAGCACUAUUGGUAAAUGGGCAAGAGUAGAAGGAACCCCAAGUGACCCAAACCCCAAUGAUCCAUACGCAAAGAUUGACAGUGAGACCCUCUUCAGAGAAGGAAAACUCACACCAUCGAUUACUAUUCUCGGUUGUAAUGUGACGAUUCCCCGAGAGGUAAUAAUACUCAACUCUAUCGUCCUCCCACACAAAGACCUCAACCGCAGCUUCAAAAACCAAAUUAUUCUCUAGUUAAUCUUCUUCACACUUUAUUAUUUCCUCACUGUCAUUGGUGAGGGAUAUGGCCAGCCACGUGCAGACAAGCGCACGCCCGCUUGAGUUACUGUAUAUAAGAUGUCAGGUGUGAAGAUAUGGGACAUUCAUUAAAGCGUUUUGAAAGAUAGAUUUUUAUGUAUUUGUCCCUCGGGGCUUUAUGCAUCAUUGGGUGUCAGCAGUAUUCAAGAAAGACCAAUCAUACAUGUUGAUUCACCUUGAAAAGUUAACUUCACCAAAGUGUUAAAUUACAGCCAGUGCAAGAGUAAUAUGUUUGUUGGAGAGUAAUAUGAUGGUGAAAAAAUAUAUACUAGUGUAUAUAUAUACGUAGAUGACCAUUCUAUAUUUCUCAAGGACACUGCAGAGCAGUAAUUGUACGCAAAUACAAACUGUGCUGCUAUUUGUAGCACUAAGUGUCACUAAAAACUGCCUACCGGUACAAUAAAUCAGCAACUUGAUAUUUACAUUGCAAUCAAUAGCAUUGUGUUUUCUUUGUAUACGUGCUUAGCAGGGGAGCAUAAGUGACAGUGUUGAUAAAAUCAACAGCACGUGGUUUAAGUUAAGCAUUUGCAAUUACUGGAGAAGGUCUGCCCAUUGACGGAUACGCCACAUUAGCAUUUACUUAACAAGCACCUCAGCACUCACUUCUGCACUUUAGUUUCAAUUAUUGCUACAUUAGGGAGAAAUGGAAAUUGGGAUUCCGGAGUUGUCGUCAUUCCUACAAGCAAAUUCACUUGCUUUACUGCAUCAAAUAGGAUUAAUUUAUUUGGAAAAACAAACAAACCAAGUGUUUCCACGUUGUGUGUAUUGUAGUUUUAAUACUGUUUUUGUUAGUCACUUUGAGUUAAUGUACUGUACCGUGCUGCAAUUUCCUCAAGGAUAUAGGGUGUUAAUGCUGUUUUUACUCGACAAUGGAAACACUAGCUGUAAUUUCAGGGAAGGACAAGCUGUCAAACACAAUCAUGUCAGUAAAAUGGUUCAGGAGCUUUGCACUUCAGAACCUUGCAGGUAAAAAAAAAUGUCUCCGAGGGGAAUCACCAAGGCUCAGCUCCCUUAUGUGGAAUUGCAGCAUGGUAUUUGUUUCAGACAUACUUGACAAGUUACAUUUUGUUCACUUCCUGUGUGGGGAGGAAAAAGGAAGGUGUUACUUUUUGUAGUGUAAAAGAAAAAAAAUAGUAGAAGUAAUGAAAUAAAGUUAUAAAAAUGUUAAUAUUGUAAAUAGAAACAAGUAAAUCAAUAGCAUUGAAGAUGAAUAUGACUGAAUCGCACAAUUGUUAAGUCAUUUCUGCAUGGAAAUCGACUUAUUAGUCAUAAUCACUUACAUCUGUUUUGUAAUAUUGUUUAAUAUGGCAUAAUCUUUGUUUGUUAUUGUGGAAUUGUUAUUUGUUAUUGUUGUGCUGUUGACUUCCAGCUGCAUAAAGUCUUAAAGAAUUUCCCUGUAAAGCUACAACAAUUUCAUCGAUUAUCCAAUUAAUCAACAACUAUUUUGGUGUUUUGAUUAAUCAUUUAAGAAUUUAAAUAUCCUUUGAUUUCAGCCUCUCAAAUGUGAUUUUUUUUAUUUUAAAUUUCCUGAGUCGUCCAUUAAAACAGACCCAUUAUCUUUUGUGUUUCCGGCAAAACAGGCUAUUGACACACACAUUCACAUUCAGGUUUCACGUUGGAAAAUCAACAUUUUAGCCUCUUUUGAUAUGUAGUGUUUGGUUCAUGUUGAUUUAGUCUGUGUAGGCCAGGGGUGUCCAUAGUACAACCCCGGGACACAUUUAAAAAAUAUAAUUUAACACCAAAAUAUUAAUCAGCAAUAUUUUACAAGAAUAAAGUCAAAAUAUUAAGAGAAAGUCGUAACCUAAUAUAAUCUUGUAAUCUAGAAUAAUAAUAUGAGGCGACAUGUUUUUAUAGCAAAAUGCUGAAGUAUUAACAAAGAAAUAUUUUUUUUAAGUUGUAUGAGAAAUGGGGCAGCAGCUGUUGAUUAUUUUAGUAAUCAAGUAUUCUAAUGAGCAAUUUUUUUGAUUAAUCGGGUAAUUGGAAAAAAACAUCUUUGCUAGGUUCAAGAGCAAUGAUAAAUACACAAGAGAAAAUAAUUUUACAAGAAUAAAGUUGGAAUAUUAGGACAUUUUUGUAAUUUAGACAUUUUUUUAGUACUAUAAAUAUCAAACAUUAGAAUAAAAUCAUAAAAACAAAGUUGUAAUUUUUGGAAAAUUAGGUUGCAGAAAAAGUUAUAUGUACAUUUAGAAGAAAAUUGAAAUAAUUAUAAUAAUAAUUAAAUAAUUUAAAGAACAGCAGAAAUGGGAUAAACAGCGUUAAUUUCACAAGAAUAAAGUCAAAAUAC